UAUGUCUAUUCGAGGCCACCGUCUGACGUCACUGCCAAACAGGAACUAGCACCGUCCCGUUUAUGUUGCUGUUGAUUUUUUUCUGAGUUUCUUCUGAAACGCUAUUUAUAAUCGAAACGAAAGUUCCGCAAUAUGUCUCAGGAUUUGUGGUUACAAAAUUAUGAUGCAACUUGUCGGCUGGCUCAAGAAAUUGCAGAAAACAUCCAUGAAAGAAACAGACAGCAGAGGACUGGAGGAAAUACAGCCAAGCUCAACAUGACCCUGAGAGCAUCAUUACAGAAGCUCAAACAGAAUAUAGCACAGCUCAGGGAGACACUGAUUCGAGCUUCUGCUCAACGGCAUGUAAUGCAGGCUGAAGCGGACAGAAGACAGAACCUUGUUGAUGAUCUCGCUACCAGAGAAACCAGACUGAACGCCUCUUUCAACAGAGACAUCUCAGAAGCUGAGCCAGCAAGGUCAAGUCUGAUGACAGGUGGACAUGGGUCGGGGCCUGCCGUGAACCCAUGGCUGGUAAAUGAGUCCGAGGAAACCAGAGGACUCGGCUUUGGAGAAAUCAAACACCAACAGCAGCAGAUUAUCGAAGCUCAGGAUGCUGGCCUGGAUGCUCUGGCUGCAGUUAUAAGUAGACAAAAACAGAUGGGUCAGGAGAUCGGCAAUGAGCUAGAUGAACAUAACGAGAUCAUUGAUGACCUUGCUCAGCUUGUGGACAAGACGGACGGCCGCAUCAAAAACGAGACGCACAGAGUCAAGCUGUUGGACACCAAGUCUGCUUCCUGUGGAAUGCUGGUGGUGAUUGUUCUUCUCCUCAUCGCCAUCGUUGUCGUGGCUUCUUGGCAGACUUAAUGAGGAGUAUGUUUAUGAAGAGAAGACGGCACAUACAGAACACGGACUGCAGAGACUGUUAGAAAAGCCGUCUGAGGUGAACGCGAGAUACUCCGCUUUCAAGCAGGCUGUAUAUAUGAACACACAUCUCUAAACCCCUCUCCUGUCCUCUUUUACAUUUAUGAAAAUAAUGACUGGGUUAAAGCCAAGAAAUUGACCACUAUGAAGAACUAAAAUGUCUUGCUCCUCAGAUAAUGAUCAAAGUAGGAUUCAGAAUAGAAAGAAAAAUAGAAAAGUGCUUUGAGAAGUUUGGAAUACUAUGAAUAUAACCAUGAGCUCGAGAUGCUCCAAGGGGGGAAAACUUAUUUAAAUUCUUUAGUUGGCAGUGAAGAAAAUUAUCCAUAUCCAUCUUGGAAACAAGGCCUGUGAUUCACAAAGCAAUACAAAAUUAUAUGUACAUACAGUAUAAUUCAAAUGAAUUUUCUUCUUUCGAAGGGAAUUAAUUUUUUUUUGUUGUAUUUUUUUUUUUUUUUUUUUUGUUCAUUAACACUUUUCUGUAAAUAGUUUUAAGCCUGGAAAUGUGACGGUUAGAAAUUCUAAUAAAUGUAGUUAACACAG